GUUUAUGUUUGUUUUUCUGUUUCUCCGCGUGAAUUUCUACGAAAUAACGUUGCUUUGAAUAUUUCACUUUAAAUCCAAUUAUUAACAUGGAUCUUAUGCUCAGUAAUGUUGUGGUUGAUAGUCCACCAAAUGUGAAAGAGAAUGCGGGUAUCAAGAAAAAUAAUGCUAAUGGCUUAGGGGAUGGAGGAUUCUCCAUGAUUUUAAGUAAAUCCGGUCCUCGUAAGGCGGUGGUUGCCAGGAAAAGAGUUGUUGCCAAAGUACCUUUGCAGGUUGUGAAAUCGAAACCGAUUCAAGCAGCUAACAAGCCAGCUGUCAAGGGGUCUGUAAAACAGGAACCACAAAAAUUUCCUAUAGCCCAACCUACAGCUAAACUAAAAGGCAAGAAUGUGGCAACUAACAGCAACAGUGAGACGAAUGGAGUAUCAAAAAAGGAACCAUCUAAAAACGGUGCACCUAAAGUGCAUACCCGCGAAACAAUUCCUCAGGAAGAGGAAGACGAAGGGGAUAAGGACACGAGUAAGAAAAACUCGGUGUUCAAUUUUCAAUCCAAUGCAACGUUAACAAAUCGCUCUCAGAAAACCUCAAUGUUCGAUCGGUUUAAAAAGGAUUUGCCGACGAUAGAUUUGCCAAGAGUGCAACCGCUCGAAGAGCAAGUGUUCAGUAAACAGACGAUUGAGGCACUUGAGAUUCAUCCACAUUCGAAGAAAAAUAUUGCCGAUCUAUUGUCAUACACACAUUUGACGAUGGUACAAAGUAUGGCGAUACCGCGUUUAAUGGAAGGUCGGGAUGCACUGAUCAGGGCGCAAACCGGUUCGGGAAAAACUCUCGCCUAUGCACUACCAUUGAUAGAGCAACUGCACAAUAUUCGGCCGAAAACGAGUCGCACGGACGGUAUUCUUGCAGUAGUAAUCGUUCCAACUCGCGAGCUAGCCUUGCAAACCUACGAGCUGAUGGUCAAGUUGCUCAAGCCGUACACGUGGAUCGUUUCGGGAUUUUUGUGUGGCGGAGAGAAGCGCAAGACAGAAAAGGCACGACUGCGGGCCGGUUUGAACAUACUGAUUGGAACACCCGGGCGAUUCUGUGAUCAUAUUCGUAACACCGAGUCUUUGAAAUUGGGAAACGUACGUUGGCUUGUAUUGGACGAAGCUGACCGUUUGCUGGAACUUGGCUAUGAGAAGGACGUGAAAGAGAUCGUCAGCGCUAUCCAAGAGGGUUCAAACGCUGCAGAGAGUACCACUGAUGUCGACGGAAAAGCGAGAUCACUCCAAACAGUUCUUCUAUCGGCCACGUUAACCUCAUCCGUCAAGGAACUGGCCGGAUUGACCUUGCAUGAUCCAGUGUACGUAGAAACGAGCGAAGCAAUCCGCCAACGACAGACACAUGCACAAACUUUCGAUGGGCCCCAAUCCGCUGACCACCUGCUGAACGUGGACGAAUGCGUCAGUAUACCACAGACGGUGAAGCAACGCUACCUCGUUAUCCCACCCAAGCUACGGCUUGUCACUCUCAGCGGGUUGAUUGCAAGCGAACAACACAAAAAACCAUCGAAGGCGCUGAUUUUCAUGGCCACGCAGGAUUUGGUGGAUUUUCACUACGAUGUCAUGGUGGAGGUACUCACGGCGAAGCAGCUGGAUUCAGAUGACGAGAUGGAAGACGAUGAGGAAUCCGAGGAUACAACGCUUCUGCCGCGAGUAUCCUUUUUUAAGCUCCACGGUGGCAUGACACAAAUCGAGCGAAGUGCAGUGUUCCUGAAGUUCCGGGCGGCGAAAGCGGCCGUCCUUCUCUGCACGGAUAUGGUUGCACGUGGCAUUGAUAUACCGUGCGUUGACUUGGUGGUGCAGUAUCACGCGCCACAGAUAUUGGCCGACUACGUCCAUCGCGUCGGAAGAACUGCUCGGGCUGGACAAACGGGUAAAGCUAUCUUGUUCAUCGAACCGGCUGAGAUUGAUUUCAUAAAGUACCUUGCCGAUAAACAGAUAAGCAUACAGGAGCAGAAAAUCGAUGGUAUUUUCGUUCAUCUCGGGCAGAAGUUGAAAUGCGGUCAAAAGACGGUUGCCAAGAACAAAGAGCAGGCCGCUAUUCGUCUACAACGUCGCUUCGAGCAACUUAUCACCAAAGAAAAAGAGCUAUUUGCAAGCGCAAGCAAAGCUUUUGUUUCAUGGAUACGUUAUUAUUCCAACUUCCCGAAAGAGCUGCGCCGCAUGUUUGCCGUCAAAGGCAUUCAUAUGGGUCACUACGCGCAAAGUCUUGGUUUGCGCGAUGCACCGAAACAGUUUAUGCAUGCGCACACUGGCCCAAAGGAUGAGGCAUCCUCAAAUGCAACUUUGCCAGCUAAAGCCAUCCCAGGGCAUCGAAAAAAUGCGCUACACACUACCAAACGCCCCGGUAACGGAUUAACUAACAGGACUAUGGGUAAAGUUGGUGGUUAUCAACAACGUGGUGACAACAGGCCAGGUGGGCAAACGAUGGCGGAAUUUGCCAAACGAUCCCGCGUUUUGAACACUUCCGAAUUCGCCAGUGGACUCGAACCGGCGCAUAAAAAGGCAAAGCACUAGUGUUGAGGCAGAUGUGUUUGGUAUAAGUACACUCUCCCCUUUCUGUCUCUGAAAAGCUUACUUUGUAAAAAAUGGAAAAAAAUGUCGGCUAUUCAGCUGCCCGACAAAGCAACCUGUGCCUAAAACAAUCCUUCAAAUCCUUUUAGGAAAUAUUGUAAAGGAAAUAUUUUGAUAGCAAUUAUAGCAAUUCUUUAAAAGACGUAUCAAUUGGAAAUCUAUGAGUUCAUAAUAUGCAUUGCUUACACAAGAUUGUAUAGGCUGAGGAUGGCUUUUAUACAAGCGAGUAUAAACAGUACUGAGUUCAAGUUUUGCAUGAGAACAUGUAAAUUGUUUUGAGUAUUGCUGUGCAAUUUUUCCUAGUUAGUUUGCAUUGGAAGAGUCUAGCAAUUCCCAGUUACUAAUAAACCAAGAUCCAAAACAGAAAAGCAAGAAUAAUCUGCGCCUUGAAUUAAGUAACUCGACCCGGUGUUCGUACCUUUAACAAUACGCACUGAAUGCACAUUACUUUCUCUGUAUAGAUCUAAAUUAAUUAGUCUUAAUAAAAAAUAACUAUGUAUUAGAAAAUAAAUUUUUCUUCUGUUAUUCUGUUAUAAUAAUAAAACAGGAUCUUUACGA